GAAAACACAAAACACUGCUUUAUUCUGGUUAUAAAUAUAUACAAUAGAAAGAAUCGGGUGUUUAGGGUUUACGUAUUUGCGAAUAACUAGCUGGUGAUUCUUGCAAUGGAAAACCACUCCGCUUCUUUCGGCGUCACCCGACCUUCCUCUGAAAGCUUGCCAGAAAGAGGUAAGUGGCUCAACGUCUUUUGAAUUCGAAACCACUUAAAAAGCUUAAGAUGAGUGAUUUCUCUAUGUAUGACGAUGAUCCCGAGCCUUUCGAGUUUUCGUGCCGACGCUUUGUGUAUAAGAAUAAGGCUCAGAUCAUUAAGGAUCAGCAAAUUAAAGUCGCCAUGGAUGAUUAUAGAGAACGCUCUCGCAACCUAAGUGUUUUCGAUGCUAUCAGCGUCCCAAAAAUAUCAGGUAAAUGUGGUGGUACAGGACCCCUUCCUAUAACCGAAGAUGUUCGUCUUCGCCUCACUCCCCUCUGCAACCUUGCUUUAGAAAAAUACAAUGCUGACAAGGAUACACAUUUUGUGUUUGCUAACAUUGUCAAGUCAACCUGGAGCCCUACCACUGGUAAUAUGUAUUACAUUACCUUUCAAGCACAAGAUUCUUCCACCUCUCUUACAACUUUUCAGGCCCAAGUCUCCAAUCACAGGUCCGGGCCUAAGGUCUACUCGUGUGCCAUUAAAACAUAACAUGGAAAUCAUGUUUACUGCAUCUACCUCCUGCGAAUGCAUUUUGGUUAUGUUAAAAAUUUGGCGGUGAAAACAAGCAUGUACAGACUUCUGAUUCUAGUUUUAGACCCGUGCAUGACACUGGUGGUUUUAUUGUGAGUAAAUUACAAAACAGAGAGACAUGCGACAUUCUUCACUUCAAUUUUUAGUUAUUAACCCAAACUUACUAUUGUGGAAGCAAAUAUCAAAGAAAAACAAAUUGAAAUAUUUUGGGAUUUUAACCUCUCAUGUUUCUUGUGUUAUUAUUUCACACCAUUGAGGGUCAUUUCUGUUUGUCAUUUAUCUGCAUAAUCUGAUGAUGUUUAGUAUUUUCUAACCUUUAAUAUGAAUAUUUCCUACUCUCAA